AUGCAGUUUUUCUACUGUCUAAUCUUUUUAUCAUGCAUAUUUGCGAAAAAUUCUUUUGCUAUUAACAAUAACAACUAUAUUCUUUGUACAUCACAUUGUACACAGAUCACUCUUUCAUUUUCUCAACCGUUAGCAUUUCCUACAGAAUGUCAAAAUGAUUCUAAUAUAACAAAUAUUUAUGAUCAUGCAUUAGCCUGUACUAUUGAAUAUCGUAUUAAUUAUUAUGAUGAAAAAAUUUAUGUUAAAUUUCAAAUUACUAGUAAUGAUACAAAUAUGUUAGAAGAUCACAAACCAAGUGAAUUUCUUACUCAAGAAAUAUGGUUAGAUCUUAGAGAACAUCAUAGUAAAUCAAAUCAAAUAACUGGAAGAUAUGGUUGUAAUUCAAAAAAUGAUUGUGCAAGAGAUUUUUAUUUAAAUACAAUUAAUCACUUAGUUAGUGGUGGUAAAACAAUAUUAGAUAAAAUUAAAGGAAAAUUAUAUAAAGAUUCGUUAUUAUUGGGUCCAAAGUCAAAACGACAGUGUUCUUUUGGUGAUUUAAAAAGUAAUUCAACAAGGAUACAUUGUCCAUAUGGUCUUUGUUAUGUACGUCAAGAAAAUUAUACAUUGAAUCAAGAACGAAAUAGCAAAGAACAAAAAUGUGAUAAUGAAAUUAAACCCAUUUUAUUUAGUUUUAUUGAAUAUCAUGAACCAAAAUCAAUAGAAAAAGAAAAAAAAUUUCUUGAAUAUAGGUGCAAUAAAAAUGUUUGUAAUAGAAAUGGCAUAAUUCCAAAAAUUCAACAACUUAUUGAUGAAUAUACUCAAUGGCAUCCAACAAUAAAAGAAACUAUUCAUAUUGAUGAAAAAAAAGCAAGUUCAUCAAUGCAAACAACUAUUUCUUCAUAUAUUAUAGUUAUAUUUUUAAUUCUUAUUCAAUUAUUCAUUUAA